AUGCGACCAACUCACUCAAUCGUAUCGCUGGAUCAGCUUCACACUCGCGGUGCACAUUCGCAGGGCUCAUUCAUCCCCGAUCGAUUACACGCUUUUGGAAUGGGUCGUACUGCGGCCGGAUUGAGUGCCGGUCGAACUCCGGUACGACGCGCAUUUCGUUCACCCGUAUUCUGGCACGCAAUAACCCUGGAGAUUCCUGCCAACAUGGUGGAAUCGUGCAGUUCCGGACAUGCCACACCGCAGUUUGGCACCUCAUUGUCCUGUGCAUUGCGCAGUCCCGCUCGGGCCCAAUUGGAAUUACGAUUGGACUUAAAGGAGCGAAACGCGUUGACCAAAGAAGGCUUGUACAGCAGUUCACCCAACCUGUCUCUUCUACCACCUUGGAAAAAUUCGCAAGUGCUUGGAUCUGUUCGAAUUCUACUGAGUCCACGUGUAUGGGAUUAUUUCUUGCAUGACUCGGAGGAGGCUGUGCGUAUCAACGAUAAUUCCACUCAUCAAUCAACUGGAAAUCCGCAUCCAAUGGGCUCCAGAAAUUCGACCAGUGCCGACGAAGGCGAAGAUGACGAAGACGGGGAGGAGGAGGAAGCGCAUACUAUCGUUGGAUCUAAACCACGAAUUUUACGAUUUGUUCGUAGAUUGGAAGUUCCAUUCGAAGUGAGUCGAGGGCUUUCAAGUUUCAGUGGACGUAAAUUGGUGAGCUAG